AUGGAUCCCUCCUCCAUCGAUUUGGAUCCUAUCGUAGUCAAGUGAGAUUGGGCAGAAUGUUUAUCCGUAUAUGCAUUUCUAUUUUCAGACAUUUGCAAACGAAAAAAGUAGAGGAACGAAUCGAAGACCUAAAUAAUCAAAUUUGGAUCGCAGAUGACUCGGUCGGCUACCGACUCGUCACUGUGAUCGACGAAGGCCUUUCCGACUGUCUGGUCGGGUUUCGAGACGAACAAGGAUUCUUCGAGAAGGUCCGUUCCUUUUGUGAAGUCUCUUUUUCCUCCCCCUGCACGUGCUGCUCUCCUCCAAAUUUACGACCGUUUCCUCCGCUUCCUCUGCUCGUAACUCCCGUCGUUUUCUCGUACCAAUGUUAUCAUUACCUGUGCUCCCAGACGUCCAUUCGUUCGGGUCAUCCCCCUCGACUUCUCAAGUUUCGUAAAAAAGCGGCAAAUUUUCACACACAGCCUCCUCAAUGUUGUAAUUUUGCGCCUUUGCUGUGCAGGGGAGCUGCUCUCGAAAAUGACCGGCCGGCGGGAGGUCAUUUCCACAAAUUAUGUCACAAUUUACGGGAAUGACGUUCGGAAGGAAGCGAAAACAAAUUUUGAAUGCGAAAAAGCGGGAAGGGAUUUCUGGCACCGAGCCAAUGAUCAGCAGCUGACGACCGAGAAUCAAGCAAUAAGAUUUACAUGUGUAGAGAAGGGAGCAAAGGGAAAACGGAGAGAAUUGAUGGGGACCAGUUGCGGUCGCACAAAAAGAUGAAUAAUUCCAGAGAAGAGUCGAGAAAACGAACUGCGAAGUGCCGAGUCUGAACAAUUAUUCGGAUGAUUUGUGCACACUGACACAGCCGAAUGCAGCAACCGUACUACACGCCCUGAAGAUACGGUACACGUCGAAUGUCAUCCACGUGAGUCGGAGGAUCCUUGAGAUAAUUAUAGGGCAACCGUACUCUUUGUAGACGUACUGUGGACUGUUCUGUGUUGUCAUCAAUCCGUGGCGAAACAUUCCCAUUUACUCUGAUGAAGUGAAACAGUUGUACCAGCACCGGAAUGAUCUGCCCCCGCACGUCUACUCGGUCGCUCAGAAUGCCUAUCACGGAAUUCUGAAGGGAGGAAGGAACCAGUCGAUUCUCAUCACGUAAGAGCCGAAAUGGGAGUGACAAAGAUGAGUGAAGGCACUUUUCAGAGGAGAAUCAGGUGCUGGAAAGACGGAGAAUACGAAAAAGAUCAUCGACUUCAUCCUCAGCUCGAGUGGCUCCAACAACACGAUCGGAGAGUGCGUCGUGACGAGUGGGGUCCUUCUGGAGGCGAUGGGAAACGCGAGGACCACCCACAACAGCAACAGUUCCAGAUUUGUGCGUUUCGGAUGAAACUACUCACCCUUGAAACAAUUAUUUCAGGGUAAAUUCAUCAGAAUCGAGUUUGACGAGAACUCAAAACUUAUUGGAGCUAAAAUUGAGUGCUGUGAGUUGCACCGAUUCGGAAGACCGUUCUGACAGCGAUUUCAGAUCUACUGGAAAAGUCGCGAGUGGUUUCCCAGUGCGACGGAGACCGGAACUUCCACAUAUUCUACCAGAUGCUGUCCAAUUACUUCGAUGGUCCGCACAAAAGCUUUCUGAAACUUUCAAAGCGAGUGGACGAGUACAAGUAUCUGCGGGACGACGAUCCGUCCAUUAAUGACGCCGAAACUGCGCGGAUGACCGACGAGGCGUUCUCGAAGAUCGGAUUGAGCGAGGAAGAGAAAGUGUGGAUAUUCCAGAUACUUUCCGCCGUUUUAUGGAUUGGUGACAUCAAGUUUGGCGAGAGAAGCGGAUUGGACGUGUCUUACGUGGAAAGCAUGCAAGGUGAGGACUACGGUAGUUUGGUUUGUUCGAGAAGCUUCUCGCUCACUGACCUGUAAAUAUUAUCAGUUAGAAACCACUUGUUAUUUCUAUCUUUUCCCUCGGAUUGACACCUGUCCCAUCGAAUGUUUUCAACUUUUCUUGCGUCUUUCUCUUUUUCCUCACUUUCCCCCCACUACGAAACGUCAGGGGAUACUUUUAAUUGAUGGUCGAACGACGAUUCGUUACACAUUUCUCUCGUCACUCAGAGGGUUUACGAGCACAAAAAGUAGGCAGAAAAGAAGAUAGAAACAGUGGUGAAACUGAUGGAUUAGUUGCAAUGAACGCAUACCAAAAAAUCGAAAGCGGGGGUUUUAUAGAAGUGGACAACAUCGCCGAGCUGUUGGAGAUGAAGAGCUCCAAACUGGUGGACGCACUCACUCAGCCGACGAUCAAGGUGCACGACAAGUUGAUCAGGAAGAAUCAGAAUCUGGCAAAGGUACGCAAUGAGAAAGGCCCGUCGGAACUGCUCCUUUCAGACUUUGAGCUCUGCUUCCGCAAUGGCCAAAGUGCUCUACGAACGAUUAUUCGGAUGGAUUGUGAAGAGGUGCAACGACGCGUUUUCAGUGGACGACACUGCGAAAAGUCAGUGAUCAUUUAGUUCUGCCGUCCUGAUAACUGAUGAAUACUCAGAUUGUCGCGAGAGUCGUUUCAUCGCCGUUCUGGACAUUGCUGGCUUCGAAAUCAUUGAGAAGAACUCAUUCGAACAGUUCUGCAUCAAUUACACUAAUGAAAAACUGCAACAGUUCUUCAACCAUUUCAUGUUCGUCAAAGAGCAAAGCGACUAUUUGGAGGAGGGAAUCAAAUGGACUCAAGUGAACUUCGCCAAUCACCUUCAGCCGACCAUUGACCUCAUCGAGAAGGUAACUCUUAUUCAUUGAAUGAAAGAAAAUGAUCAUUGCAUUUCAGCCAAUGGGAGUUCUUUCGUUCCUCGAAGAAGAGUGCGUUGUUCCGAAUGGAUCCGAGAAAUCAUUGCUCGAGAAGCUGUGCUCCAACCUUUCCGGAGAUUCCAGUUUCCAGAAAUCAAAGCAAACUCAGAAGUGGGCUGCUUUGAACUUCUAGUCCUCAUUUUGAUUUCAGAUGCUCGACAGUCCGUCACUUUGCAGUUCAGCACUACGCCGGAGAAGUCCACUACAAUAUCGAUGGUUGGUUGGAUAAGAACAGGGACAAUGUGGAGACAUCGGUACUUGACAUCCUCUCGCAAUCCACGCAUCCACUGCUCAAAUUGCUUUUCCCACCUGGUAAGAUAAUUGUGACAGAAUGUGCCGAGUAUCAUUGUCUUGCAGUUGCUGCCAACAGUCUGAAGACCAGAAGAGGAACCAUAACCAACUCGACUGUUUCUUUCUUGUACAAGGUGAAUAAUUAUUGUGUCAAAAGUAGGAAAACAAGGAGUUCAGAAUCAACUGCAAAGUCUUCUGGAGACUCUCAACACUUCUUCCGCACAUUUCAUCCGAUGCGUCGUUCCCAACUACGAAAAACUUCCAGGAAAGAUUGAUGCUCCGCUCGUUCUUGCUCAACUCAAGUGAGUACCUAACUUGUGGGUCUGAGAAAAGCCGGAGCACACUUUUCAGGUGCAACGGAGUGCUCGAAGGCAUUCGAAUCUGCAGAGAAGGGUAUCCGUCGCGUCUUGCUCACUCCGAAUUCAUCGAAAGAUAUUCUCUUCUGAUGAGAAACAAGCAGAAGGGUUGUAGGGCAAGUGAAAAGGAAACGUGUGCGUUGAUCUGCCAAGAUGCGGAUGUUCGGAAAGAACGGUUCGCAGUGGGAAAAACGAAAGUGUUCUGCAAAGUCGGAGUCAUUUCGGAGGUUAGAAUUGGUCCGAAGUUCUUACAGAUAAGAGAAUGGUUUCAGCUGGAACGAAAGCGAAAUGAGCACAUCUCCUCGUUCAUUGUGCUCAUUCAAGCCAACAUCAGAUAUCAGAACAUUCAGAAGGAUCUGGUGGUGCGAAGGAAAAAGGCGGAAGCGAUUGAGAUAAUUCAAGAGAACGUUCGACAGUUUGCUCAGUUGUCUCAAUGGCCGUGGUAUCGAAUUCAUCACUUGGCACGUGGUCUGAUUCCGAAGAACAGGGACAAGGAGAGAAUUGAGGAGUUGGAGAAGGAGAGGAUGAAGUUGGAACAGGAGAUCGGAGCGAUGGAGAGCAAGAAUGAGGAGACGUUGGCGGAGAAUUUGAAGUUGAGCAUGGUAAGAAAACAGGGAAGAGAAGAAUGAAAAUCGAUGUUGUUUCAGCUGUUGGAGCGAGAGAAGUCGGAAAAGGUGAAAGCACAGAAGGAAAAGGAAGAGGUCGAACGGAAAGGGAGAGAGGUUUUGGACGAGAACUCCACAAACCACAUCAUAAUAUUUUGUAGAAACUGCUUGAGAAAGAGCGUGAAUUCCGGAAGACGAUGGAGGAAAUGGAACAGAAUGAGGAGAUUUUCAGCGUUUUGGAGAAGAAGUACAACGAGCAACACAAGAAAGUGAUGGUAAGGAAUCGGAAAAAAAGGAAGAAAAUAAGAGAAUUUCAGAAAAUGAACGACGUCCUCCGAGAGUACGAACGCAGAAUCGAGCAGUUGAACAUGGAAAAGGACGAUUUGGAAGCGGAGAAUCUGAAAGUGAGUGUUUAUGGAACUAGUACUGAACGCCAAGUUGUUUGCAGCUGAAAGAAGCGCAGUCGCGUCAAGAUGAGCAUUACGCAGGGCUCGAGAAGGAAGUGAUGGAGAAGACGACGAUGAUAGACGAACUGCAGAACCAAGUGCAACGGCUUCUCGAUGAAAACAACGAACAGAAGAUCACAAUUGCAAAGUAAUUCAACGGGAAAAUACGAAUCUAGCUGCCCAUUUCAGAUUGGAGACUGCAUUGGAGGACGAGAAAGCGAGGCAAGGCCGGCAGAACAACACAAUCGGAGACAUGCAGAGACUGGUUUCGGAACUGAACGUACGGAAAACCAAUGAAUGUGUAAAUUAUGAAAGUGUUUCAGGAAAAAAUUGCUCGCCUGGAUAAUGUGGCCCUAAACGAGCGGAAUGCGACGAGAAAGAUCGAAAGGGAAAAGGACAAGUUGAACGAGGAGCUGACGACGGCGAAGGAUGUGAUUCAGAAGCAGGCGAAGAAGAUUGACGAGCUGAAGGAUGAGUGCAGAAGACGUGGGAAUGAGGUCAGCCGGUUGGAGAGGAAGCUGGAGGACAAGGAAGCGAUGAUGGCGGAUUGUGUGAAGGAACUGAAGGACAGUCACAAGGAGAGGCUCAAGGAAAUGGAGCAGAAGGUGGACGAGGUCAAAAGGAAGAACUCAAAGUCAGGAACUCAGAUGAUUUAAGGGUAAACAUUUCCGAUUUUCAGGUUGGAAAAUGAGAACUCGACUCAGAAGAGUCAGAUCGAGACUUUCCAGAGGGAGUCGAGUGUCGACUCAGACUACGGACGGUCCAGUUCCGGAAGGCUCUCGACCAUCGGAAGACAGUAUUCUCUCACUUCUAUGGGCUCGUUCUCGUCGAUCAGAACGGUCGGUCUUCGCCGAAAAGACUCCGAAUCCGACAUGACUUCGUCGAUGUACUCGUUGAGAGGACGGAGGGAUUCCACUUACGAUAUGAGUGCCUCGACGAUGUCGUCCGUCGGAUUGCAAAGAUCUCCAUCGACUUCACAAGUGAUGGAGAAGGAGCGGAGGAUUAUGGAAUUGGAAAAGUGAGUGAUCAAGGGAUGGGGUGGUGGAGAUAAUGGAGAUAAUGGAAGAGAUUUUCAGAGAAAAAGCAGCGAUUAACACGGACUUGCAGUUGGUCAAAAGGGAGUUGGAUGUCUACAAGUCACAGUUGUCAGCUGUUGAAUCAGUGAGUAAGCCAACAGUAUCCAUCAAGUUAAUAUUGUUCACAGGAGAAAGAGUCCCUUCAAACUACAGUCAGAAAACAGACAAGUCAGCUGCAGGAGACCACUCGACAGUUCAAUUCCGCGCAGAAGAACGCUGACAAUUUGGCUCUCCGCUUGAAAAAAGCACUGGCAGAUUGUGACGAGUGGAAGAGAAAGCACGAAGAAGGCAUUCAGGAGAGUAAGACGGAGAUAUUGGCGGAGCGGAAGAGGGCGAUGGAAAGGGCGGAAGCGUCGGAGAAGGAGACGGAGUUGAAGCAGUCACGGAUGGCGACGAUCGAGAGUGCGAAGACGGCGUUGAGUGGAGAGUUGUCACGGAAUCAGGCAGAGUUGGACAGAUGCCGACAGAUCAUUGUGCAGUUGGAAGAGAACAUCAGAAGCCAGGUGAGAGACAGAGAAUAGGAAGGGGAAGUAAUGAAGUGUUGAUGCAGGAGACGUUGGGCAGCAGCUUCGAGAGACAUCAAAGCAAUCUGAACUUUGAAAUCGAGAACUUGCGGGAUGAGAACUGCGCUCUGAAGGCCAAGAUUCGAAGGCAAUACAAGCAGAUCGAAUUGCUGACACGUGAGUAUAUGGACUGUGAUCUGUUGAUUAAAUGCCGAUUCUCAGAACAAGAUGAGACCAACGAUGAGUUGAAUCACUUUGAGAACAAGAUCGAGAAGUUACUUUGA